AUGAAAGCCGACAGCAUUGGGCACGGACUUCGACACAUCAGCUCGGUUGCAUCAGAAGUUAGAGUCGUUGAUCCAAAACACAAUGGGGGUGAUGUUGAUUUGUUGCACCAGAUUGGGUACAAGCAAGAAUUAAGACGCCACUACACUGUGAUUCAAGUAUUUGGCAUUGCAUUUUCUAUUAUGGGAUUGUUACCCAGUAUCUCAUCUGUUCUAGGAAUUGGAUUAGCUUCUGGUCCUGCUGGUCUAGUAUGGGGAUGGUUUAUUGCCAGUUGUUUUAUUUUCAGUGUGGGUACAUCAAUGUCUUUUUUAGGUAGUGCUAUUCCCACCAGUGGAGGUUUGUAUUACUAUAGUAACUACUAUUGCCCUGACUACAUCCGAGUUCCGUUGAGUUAUUUAAUUGCUUGUUCAAACUCACUAGGGUUAUUGGGUGGACUAUGCAGUAUCAGUUAUGGCUUUGCGGUGGAAGUAUUAUCAGCUGUGUCAAUUUCACGAGACAACACUUUUGAAAUCACCAACUUCAAGUGCUAUGGUAUUUUCUGUGCUUGUGUGGCACUGAAUAUUAUCAUAUCCUGUUUGACAACAGGACAUGCUGCCAAGUUUCAAACAUUGUCCAUUAUAGUCAAUAUGUUCUUGGUAGUUCUUUUUCUCAUUGCAGUACCAAUUGGGUUUUCAAGAAACAAUAGCUUCAACUCAGCAAGAUACAUAUUCACCAACUUUGAGAAUGCAAGAGAUUGGCCCACUGGGUGGAGCACAAUCAUGUCCUUUCAAACUGCAAUAUGGACGAUUGGGGCGUUUGAUUCGGUAAUUCAUUGCUCCGAAGAAGCAUUGAAUGCUCAAAGGUCAAUUCCAUACGGUAUUUUAGGAUCCAUUGGUGCUUGUUGGUGGUUCGGAUGGUUUAUCAUGAUUGUCUGCGCAGCUUGCAUCAAGGAUAGUAAUACCGCUCGUGUCCUUUCAUCAGAAACAGGCUCACCAAUGGCUCAAAUAAUUCUCGAUGCUUUGGGGAAAAGAUGGGCCGUCGCAUUCAUGGCAAUGAUAGCGGUGGGACAGUACUGUAUGGCUAUUUCAAUCAUGAUUGCCUUAUCUAGACAAGUAUGGUCCUUCGCUAGGGACGAUGGAUUGCCUGUGGUGUACAAAUAUGUCAAGUAUAUUGAUCCCAAAAUCAAAGUUCCUGUUAGGGCCACAAUUUUUGCGGGGUGCUUGGGGUUGGUUAUGGGAUUGUUAGUUACGAUUCCAGGAACAGCCGGUGCCAAUGCUUUGUUUUCACUUUGUAUUACUUCCAAUGGUCUCUCAUGGGGUACACCAGUGUUGCUUGUGACAUUAGCAUACGGAAGGGGCAAAUUCAUCUCGGGACCAUUUUAUUUUGGACUGACAUGGAGUACUGUUGUCAAUGUAAUUACAAUCUGUUGGUUAUGUUUUGCCAUCGUAAUGAGUAUGUUUCCAGACUCAACACGGGUCACCAAGGACACAAUGAAUUAUACUGUUGCUGUAAAUGCUGGAGUCUGGAUUCUAUCGUUGACGUAUUAUUUUGCGUGGGGUUAUAGGUCGUAUUCUGGCCCAAAGUCCAACCUUGAUGAUUCUGAUUCCGAGAUUUCGAGUGUUAGAAAUGUCGAUGAUGUUUUAAUGGAAAAGAACUAA